AUGAAUGUAGUACAAACAUAUUUACAGCAAUUGGACAAUCGAAAACAACAAUAUGAAACAGAAAUAGUUGAAAUAACAAAAAGUAUAACAAAUUAUCAUCGAGUGAUACAACCAAUAAUUGAAAAGUUUAUUCUACAACAACUGUAUUCAUUACAUGUUAAAACUAUAUAUAGAACAAAGUUUAUCUAUAAUGAAUAUGAAUAUCAGCGAUUGCAAUCCAUUCUCAAUGAAACUAAGUUAAAUAACGAUCAAAUACAAGAAAUUUCACAUUUAUGUCAUUCAAUAUACGCAUAUCAAGAAAGUAAACAAGAAUUUACAUUAUUAGUACAUUAUAUGAGACAAAGCAAAGAUUUAUUACGAGUCUCAGAUACAAUUAAAGAUAUUAAGCUUCCAGCACAUUUUAAAAUCAUGCAGAAUCAAGAUAUUCGUCAACAAUUCAUUGAAUUACAUAGAACAAAUCUUGAUCAUUAUCAAAACAGAAUGAAAAAAUCUUUAUUGAAUCUUGCCAAAAUACGUAUGAAUGAGAAACAAAAGUUAUUUGAUGAUGCACAAACAAAUUCACAACAAAAACAACAUAAUUUGCCUCUCUGUCAACAAUUUAAUUGGAUAGUUAGAGAUACAAUUCAAUUGAUUUUAUCAAACAUUACAGAAAGUUUACGAACCAUGUAUCAAUUGAAAACAUUUGAAUUAUUGGGUAAAAUUUCAUUGAAUUAA